AGGCUCAUUUAAGAGAUCAAGAUACAAGCAAUCUAUUAGAUAUUUGUGCCAACAAUAACAAAACUAGAGAACUUGUGGAAGACUUACUUUCAAUCGUCAUAGUGUUUGUAGCACAACAUAAUGGAUUAUGCUGUGCUGCCAAUCACAAAAGAAGAAAAGAGACCACCCAAGCGAAUCAAAAGUUCCAAGAAGAUAGUAAUAAAACCUCCAGCAAGCAAGGAAAUGGACACAAACAGCUCGGUGAACAUACAAUCGAUGCCUUAUCAUGGUCGAAAAAGAAGGUGUUAAAUGAAAAAAGAAGGAUUUAUAGGCUCAAU